CGAGACUUCUAUUGUGAAGUGUGAGGUCAAAGUGUAACCGGAAGUGUAGAUGUGCAAGUGCUGCAGUUCAAGGUAAUCAUGGUGGCAGCGACAACACCAGUAGUCCCAGAGCAAACACCGCCGUCUGGAGCUGUGACAUUUGACUUGUCUCAGCCCCCGCAUAUCGAAGGCUUCGACGCUUUACCGAGGCCCAAAGAUGAGCCUUUCAAAGAAAAAUUUAUUAGAAAAACCAAGGAGAACCCAUUUGUCCCAAUAGGGUGUUUGGCAACAGCGGGAGCACUGAUGUACGGGCUCCGUGCCUUCCAUCAAGGGAAAACCAGGCAGUCCCAGCUGUUGAUGCGGACUCGUAUCUUUGCUCAGGGCUUCACUGUAGUUGCCCUAGUCGUCGGUGUCUUUGCCACAGCUCUGAAAGCCAAGCAGUGAACAUAGAUCAGUCCCACACACCUCUGCCAUCCUUCAUUCAUCUGGAAUCAGCCCAGACAAAACUUGGACUUGGACUGAUCUUUCUAUCAGAAUGUUCUAAAAACGUAUAUUGUUUUCAGCAUUAUUCAGAUACCUGUGUUAAGGCCUACAUUUAUUUAUUGUUUGAAAACUGAAUUUCUCAUGCUGACAUAUUUGUCUUAGAAAAACUAAGCAUCUUCUUCACCAGGUUAAGUGAGCAAGGUGAAUUUUAUUUUAAUUAUACAGUGGGAUCUAAAUGUAGAAUAGUUACUUGCUCUUCUCCAAAGUAAGUUUUUCACUUAUCUCAUAUACUGUCACUAAAACUAUAUAUCACACUUGAAUGUAUUUUGAGAUGUAAACUUAAUUUAAACUAGGUGAGUGUGAGAUAAGAAAAAUCAUACAACUGGAUUCAGGGGUCACCUAUAAUCUUUAUUAUUAAACAAGUAAUUAAAAAAAAAUCACUGGUGAUGUUUAUUAACAGUUUUUAUAUUAAUGGCCUGGCUGAGUAGAUACACAGUAACAGGGAGGAGGAUAACCAACAACAGGCCCAAUCUCAUCAUAAAAAUAU